AUGUUUCGUCAACAGAGCAGAGCAGAAAUAGCUUCAAGUCUACCCUUAAGUGAUAUCACUCAAAAAGUGUGUACACGGUCAGCAACCCCUAUACCUUCGCAACAAGCAGAGCCUGUCUGCUUCUUCUGCAAUAAGCCUGGUGGCAAUGAAGAACUGCAUCAUGCAUCUACAAUGGACAUUGACAAGAAUGUCAGGAGGUGUGCCACUGAACUAGGUGAUACUAAACUACAUGUAAUCGCUAAACUGUGUGCAGGGGACAUGGCUGCCAUAAAGGCAAAGUACCAUCGCAACUGUCUUCGUUCACUAUACAACAGAAUCAGAACUAUUGCUCCAAAAGAUGAUGAUGCUGAUCAGCUGCAUGGUAUAGCUUUUGCUGAGUUGGUGGUAUUCAUGGAGGAGAGGCAUGCUGAUGAGGACAUUGCCCAGUUUUUAAACUCUCAGACUUGGCUCAUCUCUACAAGACUAGACUGGAGCAGCUUGAUCACAGUAGAUGUUGCUAAUGGCCUAUGCCAGCGCUUUGAGAUUGAACAAGUUGUAUGCCCACCAAAGCUUCGCCACAGAUUGUUUACUACAGGUGCUGUUGAUAACGUUGACCAUAACCCUAGCUCUGCGAUGGCCAGAGAUUCAUUUCAUGGUACCGGGAUAUCUCUGAUACAGCAUCCCUCGCACACAAAUGAAGGACAACAACGUGGUGUAGUGGUGAUUGGGCAAAACGUGUCUCCCAACAAGUCGGUAGUGCCUCUUCCAUCAGAGUACACGAGUGUGCCACCAGUCGCCAUUAGGAAACAACACUUCACUGCACCUGCUGUUGAAGGUCCUGCAAAGCCUCCACACCUUCUUGCUGCUGAAGCUGCAGUGCGAGAGGAGUACCUCUGGCUUAGGUUGGUGACAGAAACCCUUCAGAAGAAAUCAAUAAAUGACUGGGUGUCAUGGUCCGCCUACCAUGCCGAUAUGCAGCAGGCUCUGCUAGGUGACUGGCUGGAGGACAGUGGUUGGAAAAAUGCCCUGACACAAGCCAACAUUGCCAACUAUGCUUCUUUCAUUUGGGCUAGCCAUGUUACCAAGACUCUCCACACGCUGCUCCAGCAGGCAUAUACUAGUGACUGCACAGAAGAUGACGGUAGCAAUAGUCAGCCAGCAUGGCCAGAUGAUGAGGGCUUUCACAUGUGGUGCAAACGGCGGGCACAAUCCAGUGUGCACUUUGACUACUGGCUCAAGACACUUUCAUUGGAGAUUCUCUUACUGGUAUAUAUCCGAUCUCUACGUGAAGGUAACUUUGAUCUAUAUGUUCAAUCCUUAACACAGCUCAUGCCCUGGAUCUUUGCCUUACAUGUAGAUCAUACAAAUUAUGCAAGGUGCCUUUCUGUACACAUUCGUGAUAUGAUGAACCUUGCUGACAAACACCCAGAUGUCCUGGCAGAAUUCAGAUCAGGAAAAUUUGUUGUGCACAAGACCAGGAAUAAUUUCUCUGCCAUGGCAAUAGAUCAAUAUCAUGAGCAAAACAAUGCUCUUGUCAAAGGAUGUGGAGGGGCCAUUGGACUGACAGGAAACCCAGGGGCCCUAAGACGGUGGAUGGUAGCAGGGCCAGAAAUAGCCAGAAUGACAGCAGAGUUUGAAGUGCAGACGGAAAGAGAACAUAGAGGUGCCAGCAAUAGAAGACAUCGUCACCAUGAUCAAACACCUGGAGUACAGGUAUCCUUCAUGAAGGAAGUCAGAGCACUCACCAAAGUAUUUCAAGAGAUGGGAAAUCCUUUCUUAGAGGAAACUCAGGAUCUGAUGGUACUUGAUACAGGAGACAUCAUGGAAACCACUGUUACAGAAACUGUGAGAAAGGUCGAAUCUCUUGGUGAGGAGCAAUAUGCAAAGUUUGUUGAAGAAAGACUAGAACUUUGCACUCGGCCUGUUACAGAGCCUCUAAAGAAAAACAGGUUACUGCUCUUCAGUCGGCCAGAGCCCAAGACAAGGUCUAAACAACAGAUGGAGCUAACAGCAGUGAAAAAUGACUGUAGUCUCUUCUCAAGGCUGUACAUUUCAUGCCAAUCACGUGAAGGGGAUCUUAAUAAAUUUUUCUGCCACGAGAACCAGGCGGCUCCACCUGCAUUAUCGGCUGAAGGAAAAUUGCAUCUUGGAACCAAAGCAGACCUACUACAGUGCCUAAAAGCAAACCAACCCGAAACCACAAGUGCGCCUAAGGUUGAUGUCAUAAUAAUUGACGGAGCGGCUGUUGUUCAAAUGCUCAAUCCCACAUCUGCAAAGACCUUCAAAGAGUAUUCCAGUGCAGUUUUUGGAGCAUACAUUUCCGAUCAACUAGAGAGGGUUGACAGGCUGGACAUCGUCUGGGAUGUCUAUAUUGCAGACAGUCUGAAAGGAACGACCAGGGAGAAGAGAGGAAAAGGCAUUAGGAAGAGAGUGCACUCUUCUACGAUCAUGCCAAAGAAAUGGAAAGACUUUCUUCGUGUAGGUAAAAACAAAAGAGAACUCUUCAGUUUGCUAUCACAUGAUGCUAUAAGCAUUCCAAGAGCUGAUGGCUAGGAAUUAUAUACAACAUGUGGGACCAGUGUUCUCUGUUUCCCUUCCGAAUCCGACCUGGGAAGCCUUGCCCCAUGUUCUCACGAGGAGGCUGACACACGCAUGUUGUUACAUGCAUUAGAUGCUACACAAAAGGGCAAAAGGAAAGUGACGAUACGUACAGUGGAUACUGAUGUUGUGGUUAUCGCCGUUGCUUCGUUUCGCAACAUAAAUCCAGAUGAGCUUUGGAUAGCACUAGGUACUGGGUCCAGCCUCAGAUACGUUCCAAUUCACCAACUGGUUGCUGCGAUGAACCCAAGGAAUGUGCAGCACUCCCAAUCUUCCACGCAUUCACUGGAUGUGACACCGUAUCAUCUUUUGCAGGUAGAGGAAAGAAAACUGCCUGGGAGGUAUGGGAAGUUUUCCCAGAUGUGACAGCUGCCUUUAAAGAACUGUCACAUAUGCCAGAAAAAUGCCGAAAAAUGGUUGUCACGGCUGGAAUGAUUCGUUGUGCUAAUGUAUGAUCGCACCAGUAACAUCAUGGAAGUAAACGAUGCAAGGAAGUAAACGAUGCAAGGAAGCAACUAUUCGCACAUAAGUCCAGAGCUUUAUGUAACAUUCCCCCAACACUGGCUGCACUUCGAUAGCACAUCAAACGAGCAUGCCUUCAGGCUAACUGCUGGAACCAGACUCUAGUGAUGAGUCCAGAUCUACCCAGCCCAUUUGACUGGGGAUGGACAAAGGAAAGCACUGGUUGGCAGCCUCUUUGGACAACACUUCCAGAAGCAUCUAAAUCUUGCCAUGAACUUAUCAAAUGCAGCUGCAUGAAAGGAUGUAGUGGCUGCUGCAAGUGUACGCAGGCUUCUCUUAAGUGCACUGCAUUAUGUGCAUGUUUGGGAGACUGUUAAAUGCCACUGAACUUUUACUGGUAUAUUAGAUUCAUGUAUACGUGGUAUAUAGGGUCCAGUCCCCCGUGGAAGCAGAUUCAUACACUCAGACAAUGUAUGUUAAGAAUGUCAUUGCUAUAUACAUUACUGUCCACCAAACUGGUGGAACUUAUGAAAAUUUAACAUUGAUUAUCUGAGAUUCCAAGGUCAAGGUUAGAUAUAUCUAGUAAUGUUGACGAUCUGUGGAUUAUCCGGGGAGCACAUCCGGCCCGUAGCCCCCCUCCCAACUUUGAGAACCAUAGUCAAUAUACUGUUUAUGUAAAUAUGUCGUUCAUACACAAGUGUGGUGCCCUUUUGAGAUUCACAUCGAAAUUUUUAAUUGGAAUAUAUUGUUCAUACACAACUGAUGACCUUUUUUGAAGUGAGAACAAAAUAAUGACUGAAAGACUUUUGUAAAAAACCCUAUUUUCUGUAAGGAAUGUACCCCCCCUCUGGAAAAUCCUGGAUCAGCCUC